CAACUAUAAAUCAUGGUCUUUCAUUGACCCAUUUUCCCCAACAUCCAAACCAGCUUUCCCUUUUGGCUUUGAAGAAAGAAAGAAGAAAAUAUGGGUCGAGCUCCUUGCUGCGACAAAGCCAACGUGAAGAAAGGACCAUGGUCACCCGAAGAAGAUGCUAAGCUCAAGUCUUAUAUCGAAAACUACGGCAUCAGAGGCAAUUGGAUUGCUCUUCCUCACAAAAUCGGCCUGAAGAGAUGUGGGAAGAGUUGUAGGCUGAGAUGGCUGAAUUAUUUGAGACCAAACAUUAAACAUGGUGGAUUCUCUGAAGAAGAAGACAACAUCAUCUGUAACCUCUAUAUGAGUAUUGGAAGCAGGUGGUCCAUAAUUGCAGCUCAGCUUCCUGGAAGAACAGAUAAUGACAUAAAAAACUACUGGAACACCAAACUGAAGAAGAAACUAUUCGGGUGGCGCAAGCAAGAUGGUCUGACGAACUCUGCCUUUGAACGUUUACAACUCCGUGUUCAUCUUCGAAAUCUUCAGACCCCUUUCUGUAAUUUCUACAACGAUUCUGAUCUUCGGCCUAAGAGCAUCUCCAAUGGCGUGCAGCCUCUCCUGAACAACCCUGGUGAUUUCUACGACCAGCCUGGUCAGCAAUAUUAUCCGAGAAUCAGCAAUGCCAGGGGACUUGAAUUAAGUGAUUCUUUGGACAAUUUGAUUGACUCGAAAACUGUGUUGUGGGCGGACGGGAAUGGCCAUCAUGAAACGGUUCAACUUGAACCGAUUUCAAACUUCAAGGCUGAGCUGGUGGAUGAGCUUCUCGAUAACAAAACAUGUGGCUAUGCACCACAUGACGGCCAAAUGGCUCAACUCGACGGCUUCAACGAGAUGAAUGGUUCCAAGGAGAGCAUGAUUUGGUGGUCUGAUGCAAAACCAGCGUCUACCAACUGCUGGGGCACUUCAACUUCUCUUCUCCAAUUCAAUGAAAUGUUUCAAGAUCACGAAUUAGGUUAUAAUGUGUAACGAAAGAAUAAAAAGAAAACUAUUUAGGGGAUUUGUACAAGGCUUUAAGCUU